AUAAAAUAAUGAGCGGCAGUAUCGCUCGGCUUGUUUUACGGUGAGUGUGAAUGUGGCAGUUUGAUUUAGAUGGUAGUCCACGGUGGCGCGUUUUGUACACAAAAAGACGGAGAGUGAGAGAAAAAAAGAGGGACGAUCACUCGCGAACAAAAGUCGCGCAAGGAAAAAGAGAAAUUAAUUAGCAUACAACCUCGACGGAAAGAUAUCUAGAGAAAAAGGAGAGAAAGAGAGAGAGCGAGAGAGAGAGAGAGAGAGAAAGAGAGUGAGCGAGCGAGAGUAAGAGGGAGAGAGCGAGAGAGAGCGUGAGAGAGAAAUUGAGAGAUCGACCGAUUGUGAAUCACGCGACGACGACGACGACGACGACAAGAGUACCUUCCGUCUCUCUCUUUUGCAUUUGUUUAUCUAUCGAUUACACUUCGUGUAUCAGAAGGCGCCGGUGUUACCGGACGCCCGGUGGUUCGCGCUCCAAUAGGAAGUGGCCUUGCCCACGUCAAAUACGCCGGCUCGCGUCACGACCAACACUCCCCGCUGUGGUUUGACAGCUCCGUUCUUUCGGAGCCUCGAGCCGGGCAACGACGACGACGACGGUAAAGUCGGUGAUCUCACAACACGCGCCUGAGCCGUUCCGGAAAUUGUGCGAAAGGUGCAGCACUAAACGCAGUGUGAAAACAAAUUUUUAAUGAGACGCUUAUAAAAUCAGAAGCUCAGGGACAUCGUUGCUACUUUACUACCAUCUACUGAGCUAUUGACUUCGGCGACAGGCACGAACGACUAAUAAGCUUGACUUUCGUUGAAAGGUUGAAUUUUAAGAACGUGUUUUUUGAUCGUCGGAGACAUCGACUCGAAACGCAUCGAAGAUGAAUAAGGUAGAUUAUAUGGAAGUGACCCUCCCAAAUUAUUCUUAUAUCUUCAACUUCGAGGAGACGUUCAGUCACUACGAGACCAAAGUAUGGAUGGUGAACAAUUGGACGAAUUGCUUUUAUUAUUGUGGACUGUACAUGAUCCUGAUAUUCGGAGGGCAACACUACAUGGCCAGCAGGCCCAGAUUCGAACUGAGAGGAAUAUUGUGUCUUUGGAACACGCUAUUGGCUGCCUUUUCUAUUAUCGGCUUCACCAGGACUGCGCCUGAAUUAAUCCACGCUCUGAAAUAUCACGGUCUACACCACAGCAUUUGUAAUACGAGCUUCAUCGAACAGAACUGCGUGUCGGGAUUCUGGACGUGGUUGUUCGUGCUGUCGAAGCUGCCCGAGCUCGGCGACACGAUCUUCAUCGUGUUGCGCAAACAGCCGCUGAUUUUCCUGCACUGGUACCACCACAUCACCGUGUUGCUGUACGCAUGGUUUUCGUACUCGGAGUACACCGCGUCCGCGCGAUGGUACGUCGUGAUGAACUACUGCGUUCACUCCAUCAUGUACACCUACUAUGCCCUUAAAGCGAUGCGAUACAGACCACCGAAGGCGAUCGCCAUGGUGAUCACUACGUUGCAGCUCAUUCAGAUGGUGAUAGGCUGCGCCAUUAAUAUGUCUGCCUACCAAUACCUGGAGAGCGGACAUGUGGACUGUCACAUUACCCGCAGGAACAUCCACUUUAGUUUCGCGAUGUACUUCAGCUAUUUCGUCCUGUUCGCGCGAUUCUUCCACAAGACGUACCUGGCCGAUAAGAAAGUCGAAAAGAAGCACUUCGCCAACGACGCACCCAGUCACAUCGACUACAACGACAAGCUCAAGGCCAACUAAAGGCGGUAUCUGGCACAUCAGGGCGCCUGGGCGCUCUUUUCUCUAUCUCUUUCCCCUCUGUUUCUUCCUCUCUUCCUCCCUUCUUCUUUCUCUUUCUGUGUUUGUUUGUCACGCCGCUGGUCGACGUAGCCAUGCAUUCAGGAUCUAUUUGUUCAAAGAGACGCUAGGGUUUAACGGCUUCUAAGAUCUGCGCGAUUCUUCUAAAAUCUGAAUUCUGCGAUAUCAAACUGUAUUAUGUUCUCAUUAGGACGCCGAGAUCUUAAAAUAUAUAUAUAAAGCCUAAAGUCUAUAUAUAGGACAUUUGUGAAUUCUUAGGAUCUGUAGAUAAAUCUUACAUCCUAAGACUUAGGUUAAUUCUAGAGUUGGUACAUAUAAGAUUCCGUAUAUAUAGGAUCUAUGUUUAAUCUUCUAUUCCAGAAGCUAUAGAACUAUGAGGACUUAAGUCCUAGAUAGAUUCUAGAAAUCGUGUUCUUGGAACAACAAUUAUAAAAAUUUUUGUAAUUUAUUAACUUAUUAUUUAAUUUAUUACUUUAUUAAUAUUAAGUUUUUGAUAGAAGCCGUAUUACCCUAGAUAUUAGAUCCUGGGUGCGGUAUCUCUCAGGAUCCGUAUAUCCUAAGAUUCGUAAGGUAGGACUCGUGGGAGCACAGAUUCUACAAAGAGUCCGUAAAUCCUAAGAUAUGUAUUUCGUACAUCUUAUUUAUAGGAUUCGCAAAGAGGUAAAUGGAUUCCUAAAUUUUCGAUUUUAUAGGACUUAGAAGUCAUUAUUCACAGGAUUUCUAGAUCCUACGGUCCGUCGAUCCUAGAGUCGAAGUUUCAAGGAUCCUUAGGUCGUAGGGUACUAGAUUCUAAUUAGGGAUCCAAUUGGUGUCCAAGUCGGACAUUAAUUAAUGAACUUACGCGUGGAGGGUAUACUAAAUAGAAAGUUCUUUUGUGAGGAAAACAAUGAUUUUCCUUGUCAUUUUUUUACAUGUGGUGACAUGCUACAAAUAAAAAGCUGCUUUCGCAUGUAAUACAUACAAGCAUACAUGUGGAAGCGCGUGCGUGCGCGUUUCUCACAUACGACCGGCUAUUGCACAAUUGUUAUUAUGGUUUUGUUACUAUAUGUAUCUUUUGCAAUUAAAUAUUAACAUUAUUUAAUAAUAACACUGGACAACAAGAAAUAAUUCUUUUCUGUCACAUGACUUAUUUUAGUUUCGUCCUGUAAUAAAUUCUAUGUUGAAUUUAAAAAUACAAAUUUUUCGCAUUACCCGAAAUUUUCGAAAUUAUUAAAAUAACUAUAUUGCAGGUAAUAUAUAACCUGUCGCACAAACAGAUUAUAUUUUAAUACAUUAUUUAAAAUGGUAGUCUCUUGUUUUCGUCUGUAUUUUGCCUUUGGAAUGUCUCUCUUGAAUAUCCAGCAGUAGUUUGCUAACAUAGUAGGGCUCCACUUUCUCUAGCAACGUUUUUCCAUAGACGCCUUGGGAGAACCGUUCUCCACGUUGUAUGUGUACAGAGUGUCCUACUUAUAUUGUAUAUUUAAUAACAUUCUUUGGGUAGUUUGAAGUCGAGUUUUGUUUGUCGAAAAUUUUGACGCGAUAAAACAUUGGGUAAUGGAGAAAUUCUGUAUACAUAUUCAAACUCAACGCUCAAAAAUAAAAGGCAUAAAAGACACCUAAAAUAAUUCAUGUGACAAAAUGUUGAAUAGUGUAAUUUAUGACCGGAUAUGUGUAAAUAAUAAUCUCUUAUCGUAAAUCCUA